UGACUUCAACCCCAGGGGAGCCGUGUUAAACUUCUUCAGGGAUCUAUCACUUGGGCCAUCAACCUGGCCGCGUUUUGGCUGUCGAAUGAUUUUGGAUACCUGCACAUAUGGCAAAUGCCCAGCAGCCAGGAGGCUUUGCGGUCUCAGGAGGGGUCAGAAAAGGCAGUGGUCCUUAUUAACAGUCUUCCUGUUGAUGAUUGCGUUGAGGGUCGCCUCCACGACCCUCGCAGCUGGAGAGGAGUUGUACUGCGAAUCUUUUGGUUUCUCACGGUUCUGCUUCUUAUGUGCGUAUCAGCAGCAUCAGCGAUAAAGAACUUGUGGGAUCCAUCGCUCCCUUAUCUCAACGUGUCCCGACUACUUCUCGUCGUUUUGUACCUAGGUAUCUAUUACGGGCAGACUUCUUUUGAUAUACGUAUUCUAUAUAUGUAUCAGGCAGACGAAUUCGACAAUCAUUCCUUGUAUCCACGCCACAUGAUACAAGAUUUACACCGCUGUAGUGAUCUUGAUCGGCUUUGCGGCUUUUAUCCACUCGGCGGUGGAGACGAGGGCAAUGAAAUCCAUGCUAGAAACAACCAGUCUCCCGGAGUUUGACUGCCAAACGGUGAUGGGCAGUUUUACAUGCGUUCCCGUGGGUAUAGAGCAAGGAAAUUUUAAUGUUUAGUACAUGGAUUAGGUUGGAAUUGGCAUUUGGUCCAUUGGUUGGUGGGCUUAUUGGCGAGGCUUAGUGAACUGAAAUAUUUUGUUCAUCGAUAAAUUUCAUGUCAAGUCUAUUGAUC